AUGGCACCCUAUGAGGCUCUAUAUGACAGACCAUGUCGCUCCCCCGUGUGUUGGGCCGAAGUCGGAGAUAGAUCAUUAUUAGGGCCUGAACUUGUACAGUUAACGACCCAAAAGAUUAAGACCAUUCAGGAACGACUAAAAACCGCCCAAAGUAGACAAAAGAGUUAUGAGGAUAAUCGACGAAGAGAUUCGGAAUUUGAGGCAGGUAAUCAUGUUUUUGUGAAAGUUACUCCGAUAAAGGGACAUCCCAGGUUCAGAAAAAAGAGUAAAUUAACACACCGAUAUGUUGGUCCAUUCCAAGUUCUGGAGAAAGUGGGUUCAGUGGGUUACCGAGUUGCUCUUCCACCAAGUCUGAGCCAAGUACAUAAUGUAUUUCACGUAUCUAUGCUUCGAAGUUACCUUCCGGAUCCGUCUCAUGUCAUAGAUUACCACCAAAUUGUAUUGGAUGAUAAGUUAACUUAUGAGGAAAAACCAAUUCGAAUUAUGGAUCAGCAAGUGAAACAACUACAGAACUGA